AUGAUGAGCCCUUACUCGCUGCCCUACCUCCUCUUCCUGCCGCUGGGUGCCUGCUUUCCUGUGCUGGACACAGAAGAGCCCGUGGACGCCGUGGGUGGCAUUGGAGGCGAAAUGAGCCGGGCCGACCUGGCGGGGGGACGCCACUUCCCCUGGGGCUCCCCUGGGUGGCCGAGAGCGCCACACCCACACGCCCUGCUCGGCAUGGCCAAGGAGCUGCAGACAUUGGGCAGAGCGUGUGCCGGCUUCAAGUUGAGGCUCGGGAGGCAGCAGGACGAUGGCAGUGAGGCCACCGGCUUCCUUCUGGGUGACGGCGAGAAAGCUGGUGGCCUGUUAGGGACCCUGGCAGAGGAGCUCAACAGCUACAGCAGGAAGAAAGGCGGCUUCAGCUUCUGCUUCGGCCGGGGGUGA